CAUUAUUUCUUUCUUGUGUCACGUAGAACGACCACCUCUGUUUUCUUUUUUGUUUGAAUGACUGUCAGAAUUAAGCUAUGUGGUAAUAAACCUUUGGUGUUCGAUACUCAAGACGUCAAAGAAUUACGUUGCCAACAUCGCAUUGUGGGUGCAUUGAUUGGCACAUUGCCACGGUUGCCUCAGCAAAAUGCAUUUCUCGGCCUUCCACUACAGCUACUUCCGGAAGAGCUUACGUUACUCGUAACAAAAAACAUUGCCAUAAUCGGUGACAGCAAUAACGGAAAAACAUGGACAUACCUAAACACCAAAGCUGAGCUACUUCGUUACAAGGUUUUUGAACACUUGUGGUCGCGCCAACUCUACGUGACUUCCGGCCUCAAAUUUGGUGGCGAUUAUCUCGCGUAUCGGGGUGAUCCUAUGCGUUUCCAUAGCCAUUACAUAGUUUCGGCUAAAGAUCGGCAUGAGCCCAUGACAGGCUUGGAUGUCAUUGGCAUGGGCCGAUUGGCAACGAACGUCAAGAAAACCUAUGUCAUUGCCAGCCCUGCAAGCGAUAACGACACUGACAGUGAUGAGAACAGUGCAGUAGAAGUCUUUUCGAUAGAGUGGGCAGGCUUCUAGCGAGCGAUGAUUAAAAAACACAUUUAUAUUGUAGUAAAAUUAGAUAAUGG